AUGACUCACCCGAAGGAGGCCAUGGCUCACAUGGAGCUGCAACAGAACUUGGAAGAACAAUCAAUGCGCAGAGAUGAACGAUUCUACGCUGCACCACAUGUAACAGUGAAGCCUGCUGCUCUUGAUGUCAAUGAAGAUAUCCCUUUGGACCAGUUAUCGACGUGCGAACUCAGUACGGCAGAAUCGAAAGCUCCCAGUUCAUCUCCUGGUCCACAACUGGUUUCUGUUCCAGGGGCUUUUGCAAUCCAAGGAAUGAAUGGUUCUCCAAAUCCAAUAGAUGCCCAUCUUGACAACAUGGAACAAGGAAACGAGUCCACUUUUGCUGAUUCUGAUGCAUCCUCCAAUUCAGCUACCGGUAGUUCAGAACAAACCGAUGUAGAAACUUUGGUGGAAGCAGAACUAGUCAAGGAAGAAACCCUGGUGAUUGCUGCUCCGUACAGAAAGAAGAAACGAUGGAUCAUCAUUGCUAUCUUGGUAGCGGCUACACUGGUCACUGUUGCAAUUGUGAUCACCCUAAACAUCAAGGAUUCGAAAGAGGAUGACGUGAUAGUGCCAACUUACACUGAAUCAGUACAAUAUGGCAACACUAUUCUCGGAAAUGGUGGCCACUUUGGAAAUGUUGUCGUCAUGUCCAGUUCGGGUUCAACCAUUGCAGUUGGUGCAAGGACCCGUGGAACCGUACAUGUCUAUCAAGCUAUAAGGACCAGUUUACCACUAGAGACCAUGAACGCCCUCCCUAAAACCAAGGUCUUCUGGAAACAGAUUGGAAAUGUCUUAGCCAUGGGAGGUUCAGUUGGGGCAAGAGGGAUCACCUUAUCCCCUAAUGGCACUCGUUUGGCUAUAGGAGAUCCAAAAUGCAAUCUGGGUAACAAAGGAGAGCCCAUCGGGCAUUUAGACGGAAAUGGAACUUUUGCAAUAGCAAUGGCUAAAGCAGGCUGUGUUGGAGUCUUUGAUCUCAUUGAUGGGAACUGGAGUCAGACAGGCCCUACUCUCAAAGGCUUUGUCGACAACCACAACUUUGGAAGAAGUGUGGACUUUGCCGUAGAUGCAUCUGGUAAAACAAUCUUGGCUGUUGGAUCAGACCAGGGUGUCACCAUUUUCAAAGAGGAACAAGACGUUGCUGGCAGCAUGGUCUGGGAACCUCUGGGAUCCAUCAUUCUUGGUGUGACAAAGGAGAAUCAAGAUGUGAAAUUGUCAGAAAAUGGGCAACGACUCAUUGUUGGAAGUAAAGUAGCCCCUGGAUUUGCACAAGUGUUUGAUUUCAAUGGACGGGACUGGGAGCAGAUUGGCCAGACAUUGGAGGGUGAUGGUGAGUUGGAGGGCAACCUUGGACGGAGAGUUGCAAUGUCUAGGGACGGGUCAAUCGUGGCCUUGGCUGGUUGGAAGACCAAGUCGCGUGGCAGCGAUCCCCAGACUCCCCAGACAAAUGCUGGAGUAGUAAAAGUUUUUGAGUAUCACGGUGAACGUGGAUUCUGGCAACCAAAGGGCCAAGAAGUCUGGGGUGAUGAAAGUCAGGAUAAGUUUGGUCAUUCCAUUGCGCUCACUUCAGAUGGAUCCAGGCUUAUUGUUGGAGCAAUUCAACAAAGACUCUUUGGGCAUGGCUAUGCACGUGUUUUUGACUUUGUCCAAGAGACAUCGCGGUGGACCCAAAGAGGGGAGGAUCUUGUUGGAGUUGAGAGGAAGGAUCAGUUUGGUUAUGAUGUUGCAACAGCAUCAGGUGGCAAUGGAAUCUUGGUGGCAGUGAGUGCUGCCAAGGGAGUAGUCGAUGGAACUGAUGGAGGGUAUGUCCAAGUAUUUAAUCUGACUGACAUGUAA